AUGGCGGAUCGUGAGAAGCAUGUGUACUUUGCCAAGCUUGCCGAGCAGGCGGAGCGGUACGACGAGAUGGCCGACUACAUGAAGAGCGUGGGCAAUCAAAGCACUGAGCUCUCCGUGGAGGAGCGCAACCUCUUGUCCGUGGCCUACAAGAACACCGUGGGCUCUCGCCGUGCUGCCUGGCGCAUCAUCACCAGCGUCAUGCAGAAGGAAACCACCAAGGGCAACAACGAGAAUGCGGAAUAUGCCAAGGAGUACUGCACAAAGGUUGCGAAUGAGCUGCAGAAAAUCUGCGACACGAUCCUGGGUCUCUUGAGCGACAAGCUGAUUCCGAAUGCAAGCUCCGGUGAGUCCAAGGUCUUCUACCAGAAGAUGAAGGCUGACUACUACCGCUACAUCGCGGAAUUCCGCGAGGGUGACGAGAAGCAAAAGGCAGGGGACAACGCCAACCAGGCCUACAGCGAGGCAGCCGAGGUUGCGAACAAAGAUCUGGCGGUCACGCAUCCCAUUCGACUUGGCCUGGCACUAAACUACUCCGUGUUCAAGUACGAGGUGAGGAACCAGCCAAAUGAGGCCUGCGACAUGGCACGCAGAGCGUUCGAGGAUGCCAUUGCUGAGCUGGACAAUGUGGCCGAAGACUCCUACAAGGACUCGACGCUCAUCAUGCAGCUGUUGAGGGACAACUUGACGCUGUGGACCUCCGACCAGGAGGGCCAGGCCUAA